GUUGUGAAAUUAAAUAUAACAAAAUCUACAUAUGUAGGUAUGGUUUGAUAUUAAUAUUGAUGGUAAAUAUGAAGGAAGAAUUGAAAUUGGACUUUUUGGAAAAACAGUUCCAAAAACAGUUGAAAAUUUCAUUGAAUUAUCUAAAAAACCUCAAGGAGAAGGAUAUAAGGGUAGUAAAUUUCAUAGAGUCAUUAGUGAAUUUAUGAUUCAAGGAGGAGAUUUUACAAAAGGAGAUGGAACUGGAGGACAUAGUAUUUAUGGUAGUCGUUUUAAAGAUGAAAACUUCAAAUUGAAUCAUUAUGGUGCUGGGUGGUUAUCUAUGGCAAAUGCUGGAAAAGAUACUAAUGGUUCUCAGUUUUUUAUUACUGUAAAACAAACUCCAUGGCUUGAUGGUAGACAUGUUGUAUUUGGCAAAGUAAUUAAAGGAAUGGAUGUAGUAAGAAAAAUUGAAAAUGUAAAUACUGAUACACGAGAUAGACCAAUAAAAGAUGUUGUAAUUGCUGAUUGUGGUGCAGAAGUAGUAGCAAAUCCUUUCAGUGUAUCAAAAGAAGAUGCUACAGAUUAAAUAUAUUUUCAUUUUUAUAAUAAUGAAAAUUAAUAAUUUUUAACUACCAUAUGCUAA